AUGAAUUUUGUCAGGAUUCUCAACACAUAUUUGUUUUGUAGGAUGAGCAAGAGGCUUAUUACAGACUUUUUUGAAACCAAAACUGAUCUUCCAAAUAAAAAACACCUGCACAAUUCAAUUUCUACUGAGUUUCCAGGUAAAACAUAUGUUGCUGUAACUACUUCACCUGAUUCUUCAAAGACCGAUGACAAAUUUUCUGAUUCUUUGAAGGAUCUUCUCGGAGAUGAAUGGUUUGUUGCUCUCCAUUCCGAGAUUAAAAAACCGUAUUUUAAUAGCUUGUGGAACAAAGUUUUGAGUGAAAGGAAUUCUAAAAAGAUUUAUCCGCCUGCACAUUUGGUCUUUAACGCAUUUAAGCUAACGCCGUUAUCUAAGAUCAAAGUUGUUAUAGUAGGUCAAGACCCAUAUCAUCAACCAAGACAAGCAAUGGGACUUUGCUUUUCCGUUCCAAGAGGAGUGGUACUUCCUCCUAGCCUUAGAAAUAUUUUAUCGGAAAUUGGAACUACGAGUAUUCAUGGAGAUUUAAGUUCAUGGGCUUCUCAGGGCGUCUUUCUGCUCAACAGCAUACUCACAGUGGUUGACAGUCAGCCCAUGUCACACAAAUCCUACGGGUGGGAUACCUUCACAGAUAAGGUCAUAAACAUAAUAAACGAGAAAAGGGAACACGUAGUGUUUCUUCUUUGGGGCCGUUCAGCUCAACAGAAAUGUUCAAGCAUAUCACCCACCAAACACUUUGUUUUGACAUGCGGCCACCCCUCACCGCUUUCAAUUAAGCAUUUUAAAGGAUGCGACCACUUUAAUAAAUGUAAUGCCUAUCUGAAGAAAACUGAGCAGGAACCGAUAGAGUGGACUCUUCCACAAUAA